AUGUCGGGCGAAGAACCUCGCGGUACAGCCGGCCUGCAAAGCGCGCCAGCCACGGCAAGUCCGACGGCCCACGACGACGAGCAACGCGCUCGUCCAGGCGAACGUGCGGCGCGAACAAGUGCGCUGCGCGUCGAAGGACAUUCGGAGGUGAGUAACCUCUACCUCCCUGUCUCCCCCUACCCGUCCUACCUCUCUCGGUCGCCCGCGCGUGCAAUUGGCUGCGUCACACGCAAGCCCAGUACCCCCCGGGCCUUCGUCGACAUCCUGCACAAGCGCGGGCUGGUUUCUCGGCAACGGCGGGCCCUGCAGCGCCGAGCCCGCCACCUCCACCUCCUACCGGCCUCCACCCCAUCCCUCGCUCCCACAGCCCGCCGUCUGCGUCAAACGGAGGCCCAGGACGCCCCGAGCGUACGCCAACACCCCGCACAAGAGCGGGGUGCUUGGUUCUCGAACGGCGAGCCGUCCAGUGCCGAGCCCGCCACCUCCACCUCCUACCGGCCUCCCACCCCAUCCCUCGCUCCCACAGCCCGCCGUCUGCGUCAAACGGAGGCCCAGGACGCCCCGAGCGUACGCCAACACCCCGCACAAGAGCGGGGUGCUUGUUCUCGAACGGCGAGCCGUCCAGUGCCGAGCCCGCCACCUCCACCUCCUACCGGCCUCCCACCCCCAUCCCUCGCUCCCACAGCCCGCCGCCUGCGUCAAACGGAGGCCCAGGACGCCCCGAGUGUACGCCAACACCCCGCACAAGAGCGGGGUGCCUUGUUCUCGAACGGCGAGCCGUCCAGUGCCGAGCCCGCCACCUCCACCUCCUACCGGCCUCCCACCCCCAUCCCUCGCUCCCACAGCCCGCCGCCUGCGUCAAACGGAAGCCCAGGACGCCCCGAGCGUACGCCAACACCCCGCACAAGAGCGGGGUGCUUGGUUCUCGAACGGCGAGCCGUCCAGUGCCGAGCCCGCCACCUCCACCUCCUACCGGCCUCCCACCCCCAUCCCUCGCUCCCACAGCCCGCCGUCUGCGUCAAACGGAAGCCCAGGACGCCCCGAGCGUACGCCAACACCCCGCACAAGAGCGGGGUGCUUGGUUCUCGAACGGCGAGCCAUCCAGUGCCGAGCCCGCCACCUCCACCUCCUACCGGCCUCCCACCCCAUCCCUCGCUCCCACAGCCCGCCGCCUGCGUCAAACGGAAGCCCAGGACGCCCCGAGCGUACGCCAACACCCCGCACAAGAGCGGGGUGCCUUGUUCUCGAACGGCGAACCGUCCAGUGCCGAGCCCGCCACCUCCACCUCCUACCGGCCUCCCACCCCCAUCCCUCGCUCCCACAGCCCGCCGCUGCGUCAAACGGAAGCCCAGGACGCCCCGAGCCUACGCCAACACCCCGCACAAGCGCGGGGUGCUUGUUCUCGAACGGCGAGCCGUCCAGUGCCGAGCCCGCCACCUCCACCUCCUACCGGCCUCCCACCCCCAUCCCUCGCUCCCACAGCCCGCCGCUGCGUCAAACGGAGCCCAGGACGCCCCGAGCGUACGCCAACACCCCGCACAAGCGCGGGGUGCCUUGUUCUCGAACGGCGAACCGUCCAGUGCCGAGCCCGCCACCUCCACCUCCUACCGGCCUCCCACCCCCAUCCCUCGCUCCCACAGCCCGCCGUCUGCGUCAAACGGAAGCCCAGGACGCCCCGAGCCUACGCCAACACCCCGCACAAGAGCGGGGUGCCUUGUUCUCGAACGCCGAGCCGUCCAGUGCCGAGCCCACUCCCCACCUCCUACCACCUUCGUAUCGCCCUCUCGUGGCCCCCGACCUCACCUGACUUCCUCGAAACACGGCCCAGGUCUUGCCGCACACGCCGACGCGCCCUACACAAGGGCGGCACCUUCCGAUCGCGUAGGGCGGUCAUCCAGCCUCGAGCGAGCCGCAGCCGCACCGAGUAUGCCAACAGCAAGCCGUGCCAGUAGGUCGCCCGCCGCCGCUCGGUCGCCAGCGCACACGCCGACCACGAACCUCUGGCUCUCGAAGGCCACGAAGGACACGCACGGCACCACGGCGCGACCCAGCACACCCGUCCACGGCAGCUUGCAGGAGACAACGCGCCCACCAGCUGGGACUGGGCACGAGUAG